CCAGGCAGUGACCCGGAAGCAGAAGUGACUCCCGCAAGCAGAUUGCUGGGGAGCGGCAGCGGCGACCGCAGCGGUAGAAGCAGCAAAGUAUCUGUGUGCAGCUCCAAACUGGGAAGAAGAUGCUAAUUAAAGUGAAGACCCUGACCGGAAAGGAGAUUGAAAUUGACAUUGAACCUACAGACAAGGUGGAGCGAAUCAAGGAGCGUGUGGAGGAGAAAGAGGGAAUCCCCCCACAGCAGCAGCGGCUCAUCUACAGUGGAAAACAGAUGAAUGAUGAGAAGACAGCAGCUGAUUACAAGAUCCUAGGUGGUUCAGUCCUCCAUCUGGUGUUGGCUCUGAGAGGAGGAGGUGAUCUUAGGCAGUGAUGGACCCUCCCUCCAUUUUACCUCCUCACCCUGUCUCUC